UCAAAAAACAUAGUUAAACCAUGGUUAGUGUAGUUAAACCAUGGUUUUGCUGAUAGUAAUCAAUACACCAAAAUACCAUGGUUACUACAAUUUUACCACAAUAAAACCAAGGUUAAUUUUUGUAAGGGAAGACCUUGUCGACCAUGACUUAACUAGAAGUAGCUUUAAAUUAUUGUUACUGCAGCAAAACCGUGGUUAAAUUAGAAAGUUACAAUGAUAUUUUGGCGGAAGCUGACGUUACCAUGGUAAAUGUUCAGACUAGUUAAAAGCAAUAGUUUAGAUUCCUCCCGUAUAUCUGAAGGGUGUGUCGAGAUAGAGAAGAACCGACACGUGAUCAGAAGUUACUGCACACAGAUCAGCACAAACUUGUGUUUUCUUUCAUUCUUUGCCAUUUCUGGUCGAUUUAAGGUGAACCCACCUGGAUUCGAAUUAUCCACUAUUAUCCACUACAGGAAACCAAGACUGACACGCAUAUUUUUGGCAAUCAAACUUUUGAAGAAUGGCCGAACAACUACAGAAAAUUGCACAGAAGAAGGAUGUCGUGGAGACCGUGAUGGAAGUAUUUGAGCAGGGAGCCGAAGUGAUAGCCAGCGUCGCUGGAGAUAUUUUCCCUGUUUUUUCCAUCGUGGCUCCUAUUGUAAAGCUGGCGCUGGAUAACGUAGAGAGCAAAGAGGCACAGUACAUGACAGAACAGUUUCAGAAGGUACGAGAUCGCCUCGAAGCCGUUUCCGAAGAGAUCCAGCAGAUCAACGAUGAGAUCAAAAGAAGCGGGAUAGAUGAUACCUACUUCUCUGUGGAAGAGAACCUGCUCAACCAGUUCCGCAAAUUUAUGGAGGUCCUCAAUGCCAAACCUAAAUUCAGAGAAGUCAGAAAGAAGACUUUUCUGGAGCACUUUAAGAAGACAGGCGGUGACAACAACCUCCACAAACUGUAUAAUGCGGUAACAGGAGAUAAUUUCUCAGGAGAGUCUGUGCUGGAGAUCACGCUAAACUAUGAGCAGAAGAGCCGCAGACCGGUGGAGGAAUUUUGUGCUAUGCUAAAGCAACUGUUUUGCAUCGGUUUGAUAGCUUUAGUGGGACACGCAAGUCUGGAAGGCUAUGGUGAGGAAGAGAAGUUGCUUCAAGAGUGGGGCGAGAAGAUGAAAGUGGUCCAGUCUAAAAUGAUCGUUGUUAUCGAAGACUGCAUCAACAGCUUUCCCACGCAGGCUGAGCUGGACUCCAAACGUAUCGUGAGAGACCACAGCGACAAAAGCAACCAGCAACUGGCUGACAUGUUAAUCGAACAUUUGAAAAAGAAAUACGACUGGGUGUGCUGGUCGGUCCGUGUCUUUAACUCUCCUACGGGCAUGUUCACCAGUAAGAAAGACUUUCAUGGUUUGACGGGAAAGAGUCGAUUUCAGGUGCCGACAUCUGAUGACAAGUUAAACGUUGUGAUCUCGUACAGCGCCUCACCUGAACCCGUACGUAAAGACCAGAUACAGAAUCUGAUCUCGGAACAGAAGAAGCCCGCCAUGACGGCGAUGGCCGAACAGCUUUUUGAGACGAUCCCUGUUUGUGUGGUUCAUACGGUCAAGAGCUCAUGUAAAGAUUUGGGCUUCUCCUGUAGCUUCUCUGAUGAGCUGCACUACUAUGAAGAGUUUAAGAAUUUCUGUGUUUUUCUUCAUUCUGCCUAAAGCCAGCAGGAAAAAAUAAUGUCAUGGUCAACAGCUAAACAGAUGUUUGCAACAUGAUACUUUAGUAAACCUUAAAAUGACAAUACGUAACCAUUAUGUGGUUAUGACUUAAGGGCCAAAACAUAUUUUUGUGACAACUGCGAGUUUAAAAGCUCUGAGUGAUAUACUAUUCACUUUCUUUUUAUACAUUUUUAAAUAGUCAUGUUUCUAUCCAUGCUUCUCUAAAGUUGUAAAUCAGUGGUUUUCAAACGUUUUGCCCUGCAAGCCCCCCUCCCACCGUGUAUUCCUUUGCGCCCUACACAAUUUAUUAUUUUAAUAAUUGUUAAUUAAUAAUUCCUUUGAAAUCUGGAUUUAUUAUAAAAAAGUAUUUUAUAAAAUGUCAUAAACUGCCCCCGGCACCAUCUUGCGCCUCCCGAGGGGGGCGCGCCCCAUGGUUUGAGAACCACUGCUGUAAAUAAAUACUUUUAUUAUUUAAAUUAUGUAAUUUUAUAUUUCCAAAAUUCAAAUCUUUGAAAGCUAUUCAAAGUGCUCAACAAUAGCAUAAAGGUAAUCUAGUUACUCAUGAGAACAAUUGAGAAGCUCAGAUGCAAAACCGCUAAACGCAGCCCAGUCACACGAAAUUACGUACCUAUAGUCACGUAUUUUUUGUUUAAUUAUUUUUCGUGAUAAUGUCACAAGUCUUUUUGUGAUCGUAUCACGAAUUUCUGUUUAUGUGUCAUUGUCACGUAUUGGUUACUCAACUGUUUGGUCCUAUUUUCUUACCAUUGUCGCUUCGGUUUAGGGUUAGAUUGACAUAAAAUGACAUCCUUACCCAAACCCAACUCUAACCCUAACGCCAGGCGACAAUGUUUUGAAAUUAAAAAAUAAAUCAGAAAAAAUUGUAUAAACCAAUACUUAAAGUGACAUCCUAACGCAAAAACCAAAUCUAACCCUACAUCGAAGCGAAAAUGGUUUGAAAAUAGGAAAAAGCAGUUGAGUAACCAAUACGUGACAAUGACUCAUAAAUAGAAAUUCAUGAUUCGAUCACGAAAAAACGUGAAAAUUCGUGAUCAUAUUCGUAAAAGAAUCAAUGCAAAAUGACCAUGGUCCCUUGUGACUAUUUGAAUGUAAAUACCUAAUAUCUGGUUCAGUUUCUUCAUUUUUACAUUCUGUGAGGUUUUUGCCAAAAAAAGCUUGCACCACUUAGAGGGUUUUGCAGUGAAAGACAGUCAAAUUUGUUAAAUACAAAUAAAUUGACAUUUGUGUAAAUAAGGCCUUUCAAUUUCUGACUAAUAACCUUUUUAUUGCCAUUUAAGUGAACCUUAACAUAAAAGCCUCAUAAAAAUGCUCAUUUACAAAAAACAUGCAGACGCACUUAAGGGUUUUACAUCUGAAGUCUUCAAUUGUGCAUUUUGAGAAAAAAAUAUAUGUGCUUUGUAUGUUUGAACAGAUUUUGGUCAUAGUCACACAUUUACCCUUAUUUAAGGCUUUUUCAAAACUGACACAUUACUUCAUCUAUUUCUGAUCUAAACUAAACUGUUUUUGGCUGCUUUACACGUUGGUCAGAUCUGUGGAAGUGGGGGUUUCUAGUAUAGAAUAAACUGCAAAGGGUUGUCGGGCUAUGCAAGAGUGAGGUAGAUGUAUGAAGAGAUGUAUGCACAUCAUACAAUCAUGUGCUCUUUUAUUUUAGUGCAGACCAGCUAUAUCUUUCCUGUAGUCUUGCAGUAAAAUAUCGAACAUUAAAGUUAUCUCGAAAUUAAAA